ACUUUGGUCAAAAUAAAAUUUGCAUAAACCUAUCGUAUCUGUAUGUUAAUUUAUACUCUUUCUGCCAUUUUGUACAUUUAUCCAUUUAAAAGCAGUUUUACCUCGUGAAGGUACCAAGAUCCAGAUUUUAAGCGCUUAUCUCGCACGCUUACAUGUAAUCACUCCCCGAGCCUCUCACUAACUCGCCAGAAUUCGUGCCCAUAGGAGCUACUCGUUGCAAUUAUCAAUGAAGGAUUUGUUUAGAGACCAUGGCAGAUGAAUACAAAGCAUCGUCAAGCGAUAACAAUGAAGAUGAACAGAAUUGCCCAUUAUGCAUGGAAACACUCGACGAAACAGACCGCAACUUCUAUCCCUGCGGCUGUGGAUAUCAAGUGUGCCUCUGGUGUCUCCAUUAUAUACGCAAUACCAUGGGAAAUAAAUGCCCAGCAUGUAGAAGAGACUACGAAGAAUCCAAUUUCAAGUAUAAAACAAAACCACAGUCAGCUGUGGGAGCACAGACCAAGAAGAAGAGGGAAAAGGAAGCGACUCCAAAGGAUACAAAGUCACCAAUCUCCACCAGCAACCCAGAGGCGCUAAAGGAUAUCAGGGUUAUACAGAGGAAUUUGGUCUACGUCAUUGGAAUACCCCUAAAGUUGGCGAAGAAGGAGAUCCUUAAGCGUUACGAAUACUUUGGACAAUACGGCAAGAUUCAACACAUUGUCGUUAAUAAAAGUCACAUUUAUAAUUCCCAUUGGGGUGGACCAUCUUACACAGCAUAUGUUACCUACUCGAAAAAGUCAGAAGCCACAGCGGCUAUUCAAGGAAUUAAUACAAUGCAAGUUGAUAACAAGUACUUUAGAGCCUCAUAUGGAACCACAAAAUACUGCUCAUAUUUCCUAAAGGGGAUGAAGUGCUGCAAUUCAGAUUGCUUUUAUCUCCAUCAAUUUGGAGAUGAAUGCGAUCGAUUCACCAAAGAAGAUCUUGUUGCUGCGAAACAUAGACUACAGUGCCAGCCAGCGACACCCGCUCCUUCUACACAACCACCAAGCAAGAAGGAAAUGCCAGAAAGACCACUGGAAAAUCAAUCAUCGGUAAAACUACUAAACUUGCUCCAGUGGAAUGGAAAAUCAAAAUCAGGAUCUCCUCAGUCCGCAAAGGAAUUCUCAUCGUGGGCCAAUGUGGCUGCUGGAACAAAGACACUUAGCAGAGAACAAUCGGAGCCUGCAAAACACGUUUCUACUCCUCAAUUUGCUCCUUACGCUUCGUUAGGUGCAAAGAGUAUGGAUGCAAAGGACACCCAGCCAAACUAUUCCCACUCGCUGGAUUAUUCUUCCAAACUCGAUGAUGUCAACUCUCUUGUUAAUCGCUAUAAUUUCCCAUCUAUAAAGAGUGGAUUUGACCAGCCUACGCAAAGCUACCAGCCGGAGAACAGGUCAAGUACAUUUCAAUCAACCGAUCAUGAUCUAUCAUCUAGUGCUACGGAUUCCGCAGAUACAAUAUUCAGUAUCCCAGUAGAUUCGGUGCUGCAAAGAUAUAAUAGAUGCUCAAGGCUACUCUAUGUCAUAGACGUUCCCCUGGACUUGGAUAACUUUUCAAAUUUGGGCUUAAGCCAUGAUUCGCAAAAGGGAGGAAAAAGCUCGCAUUGCAAAUACUGGAAGUGGGUAUACAAUGAUGAAUCUAGCCCUGCUAGAGAGGUAGAAUCAAAGAUUGAUCUGUGCAGACAACAAUUGGACUAUUAUAAGAGCUCAAAUAGUUUAAACUACAGCAUGUUUAGUAAACUACCAAGUAGUAGUAAUAGUCCUAGGGACUGGUUGCCUGACGAAAAUUUCACGAGCGAUAUAAUGCACAAGAUAAAGAGGCAUACUCUUUUGCUGGAUAAUUUAUCGAGGCAAUAUAAUCCAGAAAAUAACAAGGCAUCGUACAGUGAAUGUGACAAUCCGGAUUUAUCAGAACCGGAAAUUCCUCAGGAAAUCCAAAAUGGAUCAUUAUCACCUCAAAGCUCCUCGAAUUGGCUAGACGCAAACGAUUCUUUUGAAUAUUAUGUAUUGAGUAUAUUGUAUCACCCCUCCCUGGAUGAAUCGCAACUGAACAUGCAGACAAAAAUAUUGGAACAACUAAAGGUGCAAACACAAAAGGUUGUAGAUGGCCAUGUCGAGCGACAAGGCGAAUUUUUAGAGCAUUUAGAAAAUUUAAAUGACUAG